UACCCGAUAAUCUCUCUGCCUUUGAAUCCAGCUCUGGAACCAAAUGCAUCGCUUUACUGCUCUUAAAAAGUGAAUAGAGUUUGAUUACCUCAAGCUACAAGCUGCUUUGCUCUAUAAGAAGGACAUAAAAGGAGCCAGACAUCAUUGUUUUUCAAUCUACCUGAGGAGCUUUUUGCUUUUAUGCCAGAAACUUAAUGGUUUCAGGAGGAAGUUUUGGUUUGUUUUUAACUGGAAUGUUGAAAAGUUUCUUAUUGAUGCUGUAAAUGGAACCCAAUUUUUAAAUAUGGGUUGAGUCAGAUCUAAAGGAGACAUGCCUGAUCAUUUUCUGCUGGACUGACGUGGGAACAUCCAGAGGGAAACUUGGUGGGAGAGAAUGAGAUCUCAUUUGCAACUAACAAUCAUGCUUUAUUUUGAGAAUAUUUACAGACUCAUUGAAAGGGAAAUUAAAUAUUAACCAAAGACAAUGUCUGGAUUUUCCAGUAACUUAUCAACAAAUGACUCUAGCCUGUGGAAGGAAAAUAAUUCGACGAACCUUUUAAAUCCGCCAAGAACUUCGAAUAUCUAUCUUUUUUGCCUGACAUGCUUAAUGACUCUUGCAGCCCUGGCAGGCAGCAUUUAUUCACUAGUUUCCCUGCUGAAAAUGCAGAACAGAACCGUUGUGUCCAUGCUUGUGGCUUCCUGGUCUGGGGAUGAUCUCAUGAGCGUCCUGUCGGUGACCAUCUUCAUGUUCUUGCAGUGGCCAAACGAGGACCCCGAUUACUUUCAGUCUCUGUGUACCACCUCUGCCUUACUGUAUCUAUGCCAGGGGCUCUCAAGCAACUUGAAGGCGACUCUUCUAGUCUCCUACAACUUUUACUCGAUGCACAGGGCUGUGGGGAGCCAGGCAGCCUCCAGAAAAUCCGGCCAGGUGCUCGGCGUGGUGCUGACCGUGUGGGCAGCCAGUCUCCUGCUCUCCGCGCUCCCGCUCUGCGGCUGGGGCGCCUUCGUGCGCACGCCGUGGGGCUGUCUGGCGGACUGCUCCAGCUCCUACGUGCUGCUCCUCUUCGUUGUGUACACUUCGGCCCUGGGACUCCUCGCCGGCCUCUCGGUCCCUCUCACUUACCAGUUAUUAUGUUCAGAGGAGCCGCCGAGACUCCACGCCAACUACCAGGAAAUUUCCCGCGGAGCUUCCACUCCUGGGACCCCUCCAAGCGGGGGAAAAGUGCUUUCCUUGUCCCCAGAUGAUGCUCCCGGCCCUGCGCUUCGGUGUUCUGGGGGACGCUCUCCGAGCUCCGACACCGUGUUUGGACCGGGUUCAUCAGCGAGGGCACGGCCCGGGCAGGGGCCGAGACACGAAGCUGUCGCCGUGGUUGGAGCCUGCAGGCGUGAGAACCGGGGGACUCUCUAUGGCACCAGAAGCUUCACUGUGAGCGUAGCGCAGAAGCGCUUCUCUUUGAUCCUAGCGCUGACAAAAGUCAUCCUUUGGCUGCCCAUGAUGAUCCACAUGAUGGUUCAGCACGUGGUGGGGUUUCAGAGUCCUCCCUUCGAGACACUCAGCUUCCUACUAACCCUGCUGGCCACCACUGUAACCCCAGUGUUUGUCUUGUCCAAGCGCUGGACCCACUUGCCCUGUGGCUGCAUUAUCAACUGUAAGCAGAACGCAUAUACAGUGGCAUCUGAUGGGGAAAAACCCAAGAGAAGAGGCUUUGAAUUCAAUCUAUCAUUCCAACGGAGUUAUGGGAUUUAUAAAAUAGCACGUGAAGAUUACUAUGAUGAUGAUGAAAAUUCUGCAUCCUGUCACAAUCUCAUGAAUUCUGAAUGCAAAAUGACAAAAGACUCUCAGAGAGAUACUCAUAAUAUCUUUAAUGCCAUAAAAGUGGAAAUCAGCACCGCACCCUCUCAGGACAGUUCCAUACUGAAAGGGAUCAACAAAUGCACGAAUACUGAUAUUACAGAGGUUAAGCAGGAUUGCCACAGUGAAAAGGGCGUUAAUCCACAGUUUUCUGAAAAAACAGGAGAUUCUAUUAACUAUGAAGAAACCACCUUUUUGGAAGGGCCAGAAAGAAGACUUUCUCAUGAGGAGAGUCAGAAACCAGACCUUUCAGACUGGGAAUGGUGUAGGAGUAAAUCAGAAAGAACCCCUCGUCAGCGUUCUGCUGGUGCCCUUGCCAUUCCCUUGUGUGCAUUCCAGGGGACUGUGUCUCUUCAAGCACCUACGGGGAAAACCCUCUCUCUUUCUACCUAUGAGGUAAGUGCAGAAGGACAAAAAAUAACCCCAGCCUCUAAGAAAAUAGAAGUCUAUCGAUCCAAAAGUGUUGGCCAUGAACCAAACUCAGAAGAUUCUCCCUCCACAUUUGCGGACACCAGUGUGAAAAUACACUUGGAAGUUCUUGAAAUUUGUGAUAAUGAGGAAGCCUUGGACACUGUGUCAAUCAUUAGCAACAUCAGCCAGUCCUCUACACAGGUCAGAUCUCCAUCCCUACGCUACUCACGGAAAGAAAACAGAUUUGUUUCUUGUGAUUUAGGGGAAACAGCCUCAUACUCUCUCUUUUUACCCACGAGUAAUCCCGAUGCUGAUAUCAACAUCUCCAUUCCGGACACUGUUGAAGCACAUAGGCAGAACAGUAAAAGGCAGCAUCAAGAGAAGGAUGGCUACCAGGAGGAAAUCCAGUUGUUAAAUAAAGCUUACAGAAAAAGAGAGGAAGAAAGCAAGGGUAACUAGUGAUCAUUUGGUCUAAAAAAGGCAAGAACGGGUCUGCAAGUUCAAACUGCUGACCUAACACUUUUGUUCCGAGGCUAUUUGAUUUCCUUUAUUACUUGUUGGUUUAUAUAAGCAUUACAGAUUUAGUAGUUAACUGUUUUUAGGGUAAGCAGCUGGAACUAGUAUAAACACUUAAGUGCUUUUGAUGUAUUACCUGUAGAUCACACACUGUGGUAAUUAAAAAUUUGUUUCUUAUCUGAUUCCUAAAGCUGUUUUCUAGAUCAAAUAUCAGCCUCAUUUACUAAUGUUUUUGUCUGCUUGUCAUCCUCAGAGUA